GAGUUCAGAGGCGAGGCGGUUGACCACUGGCCACAACCACACUCGAGAUUCUCACUUAUUGCAAACCUUUUGUCUCCCUAGUCGAACAAUUCAACUUCCGACUGGAUCACAGUGCCUCAAUGACCCCUCUCAGAAGGUAUAAACAUCCGCUUGCAUCAGGCUGGACUGCGUGCCUCGGCAUGACCAAAAGUCCACGACCCCGCACACCCAGUCCAGUCCCUGGUGCUAAAUCUUUUCACAAUGAUGGUGCAAAAGAUAUCGAAAACUCUCACAUGGCUCGGAAGUCCGAAGACGUAGAUGUAGCCACGUUCAUGAGGGAACAUCUUACCCCUCGACCUGCAGGUGAAGGUUACAUGGUCCCCGACAACCAAUACAUAGGCGAUGUUGAGAAGAUCAGUGGCGCGAAGGUCAAGGCGGCAAUAUAUGCACGUGUCUGUGCAUUGCUGAACAAGAUCAGCAAACGAAUUUACGAUACUUACAUCGAGGCCGGGGUUGCAUUGGAUCAUACCGACCGUGUCUUAUUUCUCGACCACCAUACUGGCCCACCCGAAGCUCCUGGCCUUCGUAUCAAAGCUAAGCCAGAUAUUGUAGGCGUAUUUGGCACCAAGAAAUCCAUGAAGGACUUUUUCAACAAGAAAACUAGUUCAUACACGGGCGUACCAUAUCACCGAAUCAUCACCACGGGUGAGUGCAAACCUGAAGCUGACGAAGGCGCUGGUCAGGCUGUAAGCUACACUUGUCAACAUGCCCGCGCACGUCUGGAUAUGCCUGGUACCUAUGCACUUUUUGCCAAUGUUAGAGGUUACCGAAUACUCUGGUCCGAUGCUUCCGAAGUCGUGAAGUCACCGUUCGUGGACUGGACUGAGCUGGACUUACUGGAAGGCUACAUCCGAUCCCUCUACUUUCCUCCAAAGAAUCACCACCUCUGGGAUCCCACGAUUUCGUCUCCCGUGGUUCUGCCGGAUGCGAUGGGCGAAGGAUCAAAGGCGCACUGGACGAUCGCUUACAAUGGGAAUACGUACAGCGACUGCAACCCAUUCGUCUUGCCGCGCAGUUGGGGUCGGCGGACGACGGUGUUCAUGUAUGAAGGCGGCGGCAAUGACUUCGCUGUUAUCAAGGAUGCCUAUCGGGACGACGCUCGACGAUUCGAAGAGGCCACACUGAUCAAUGACAUUCAUGCCGAAGGGAUAUUCCCUGGCAUGGUCAGACUACUGGACUCUGGGAACGUUAAUGGCGAAGAUGGUACAGCGAUUGUGACUGCUCUACCAGCAGAUCGGGACAAGAAGGUGGUGCACUGCACGAAGAAGAGACUUGUUAUGGGCAGUCGAGGUUCUCAAUUCCACUUGGCAAAGACUGUGAAAGACGUACUGAAAGCGACCUAUGACGCUAUAGAAGUUCAUCGUGCAUUGUUCAAACGCCGCCGGUUUCUUCAUCGAGAUCUUAGCAUGCCUAAUGUUCUGAUGUAUCCUGAGCAUUCGAAGAAGACGAUGGAAGGCAAGCAAUUCAUUUCCGACCCGCCGAAGUUCAUCGACGAGAUUCUGGGUGAAUCAAACGACAAUGAUGAUAAGUGUCGUGCACUCCUAAUUGAUGCUGAUAACAGUGCGUCAUUGAAGUCUGAGCUGAUGACCGAUCCGGCCUUGGCUAAUGCAUUGCGCGAGGAGCUCACCAUGAGAACUGGCACGCCGCGCUAUAUCGCUCGCGCUGUAGCAUCUGGCGAAGUCGUUCACAACAAAUUGUCAAGGACCUUUUCGUCAAUGCCGAGUCUUGAAGGCAGAGCGAAAGAGAUCUAUCAACGCGUCUAUGGCCAGGAAUCGUAUGACAGAUACGAAGAUUCUGCAGGCACGUUUCAUGGGGGAAGAGCAUCAUCACGAAAAGCCACGGACGUGACAUUCAUCCACCGUCCCGAUCACGAUGUUGAGUCUAUGUUCUGGCUUCUCGUCGCAGUCUUUCUCCUUGCAAAGCCGUUGGGAGAGCCAGACUAUUCUACAGCGAAGCUUUAUGAUGCUUGGGGAGCGAUGCAACGCCAUACCAUAGCUGCACCAGGUCAUAGUGAUACUAGAGAGAUUUUGCUCUCGCAGUACAAUGUCGAGAGUUGGCAAGCGGCAUUACAUCCGGGCCUUUCCUGUCUAGCGCCUUUACUGGACAGUCUUGCCCUACAAGUUCAGCCCGAGUAUGCCAUGAUGGAUCCUGCUCCGCCAGAGGAUCAUCUUCAUGAAGCAUUUCGUAGGCUUAUUCUCGAGCACAUUGUCGGGAUGGGCGAUACCGAUAUCGAUCUUGAAGUUGGUAUCGAACGUGAAACAGAACCUCCCACACAUGGAAAACGGAAGGCGGAUGAGGAUCCGGAUCAAGACAACCGGAAAAAGAUCAAACACUCGAAAGGCAAUCGGUCAACUCGACACCACAAUUCGUAUUCCCUUUCGAAAUGACACCUCUCGCCAAUUCUAAUGCCCUCCACACUCUCCGACCAUUCAGUUGUCUCUAUCAUUCGUCGAAGCAUUCAUUAUCAUAGCUUACGCCGCGGUCACUCUUCCUAGAUUUGUGGUGCAUUAUAAUGAGUCAUCAUUAUUCCUCCGGGUGCGAAAUGCGCACUAAUCAUGUUGUUACAACUUACCAUGUAGUUGUUGACUGGAUCAUCCAACUUUAUUGUUCACUUUUCAUUGUCAGAAUGACACGUCCGAAGGCUUGGUAGAAAUAUAUCUAGGAGUCUGCAGCAGACUAUACGAUUCAAAGUCUGCUCAUGGCAAACAUGGGUGUGUCUGCCGUCUAGGCAGAGUCCGUGCAGACUGCAUGACAUUCUGGCAACAUGUCAGUGUAAGUAUCUGUCCUGCGGCAGAUAUAAACUCUGCAGGGUGAU